AUGUCGCCUUGCAAUAUUGGUGACCAUAUCUCCAUUAUAUCAGCAUUCAGAAGCUUGAAAAGGUUCAAGAACCGGGUUUAUACAGCAUCUUUUGCAUUUUUUGAGGCGCUCUGGGAGGGGGGUGUUAGCCAUGUUUUUGUCAACUUGGGAUCCGACCACCCUUCCAUUCUCGAAGCGAUGGUAAAAGGUCAAAAGGAGAAGAGAGAUCGCUUCCCCAGAAUUAUCACCUGUCCGAACGAAAUGGUGGCGCUGUCAAUGGCAGAUGGAUAUGCACGCCUUACCGGAGAAGCGCAGGCUGUCAUAGUGCAUGUCGAUGUGGGAACUCAGGGAUUGGGUGCUGCAGUUCAUAACGCCUCCUGCGGCCGCGCCCCCGUAUUGAUAUUUGCCGGUUUGUCGCCAUUCACCAUCGAAGGAGAAACCCGUGGAUCGCGAACAGAAUACAUCCACUGGAUACAAGAUGUACCGGAUCAGAAGCAAAUUGUCGCUCAGUACUGUCGGUACUCUGCUGAGCUAAAGUCUGGCAAAAAUAUCAAGCAAAUGGUGAACCGGGCCUUGCAAUUUGCAACCAGCGAUCCCAAGGGCCCAGUCUACCUGGUUGGGGCUCGAGAGGUGAUGGAGGAGGAUAUUGAGCCAUACCAAUUGAAUCAAAAAGUAUGGGGCCCUGUUUCGCCUGCGGCUUUGCCCACAGAUGGAGUUGAGUUCAUCGCGUCAGAGCUUGCUGCUGCGAAAAGGCCACUUGUUGUGGUUGGAUACACAGGCAGGAAAGCACAGGCUGUAACGGAACUAGUUACCCUGGCAAAUCACUUCAAAGGCAUUCGAGUGUUAGACACUGGUGGAAGCGACAUGUGCUUUCCAGCAAAUCAUCCCGCCUGGCUGGGAUUGCGAUACCCGGGGCAUGAUCUCGUCAAAUCUGCAGAUCUCAUCUUGGUGAUAGAUUGCGAUGUGCCUUGGGUACCAACUCAGUUCAAGCCCUCUGACUCCGCAAAGAUCAUUCAUAUCGACGUUGACCCACUCAAGCAACAAAUCCCAGUCUUUUACAUCAACUCUAUGGCUACAUUUCGCGCUGACUCCACUACUGCGCUUAAACAAAUUAAUGACAACAUAGCCACCAAUGGUCGCCUUCAAAGUUUCAUUGGUUCGAAAAGCAACAUUGCCAUGGGUCAGAAACGAGAUGAGGAAUAUUUGAAAUUGAAAAGUGGGAUUGCUGAUCUAGCUGUCACGCCCGAGGGUGGCGAUCUUGCUCCUUUGAAUGUUUCUUAUUUGAUGGCGCAAGUUCGUAACAAUUGCCCUGCAGAUGCUAUCUGGGCAAUUGAAUCGGUAACUCUCACCCACCCGGUAUCAGAUCAAAUAGCUGCGACCUUGCCUAACUCCUGGAUUAAUUGUGGAGGAGGGGGCUUGGGUUGGUCGGGUGGUGGUGCUUUAGGUAUCAAGUUAGCCUCGGAUGUGAAGAACGGGGGCCAAGGCAAGGGGAAAUUUGUUGUCCAGGUCGUGGGCGACGGAACUUUCUUGUUCUCUGUGCCUGGAUCCGUUUACUGGAUUUCACGUCGAUACAACAUUCCAAUCCUGACCAUCGUGUUGAACAAUAAAGGUUGGAAUGCGCCACGGCGAAGUAUGCUGUUGGUCCACCCCAACGGGGAUGGAUCGCAAGCAACAAAUGAAGAAUUGAACAUCUCCUUCGCCCCAACCCCGGACUAUGCUGGUAUCGCCAAGGCCGCUGCUGGUGGGGAGGUUUGGGCUGGUCGUGCUUCCACCGUCGCUGAAUUGGCGAAGAGUUUACCUGACGCAAUUCAGAGUGUUAUGGAUGGAAGGGGUGCAGUUUUAGAGGCACAAUUAGAUGGGACCUUGGGAAAAUACGUUGAUAAGCAGUGA